AUGUCGGCACCUCAAGAUGCGUCUGGUGCGGGCUCACCAGGAGACGCAUUAGCAGGACCCCCUCCUCUAGACUUUGACUUCAGCUCGACGCCAGAGUACAAGGGCUACCUCCAGCGAAAUCUCAACAUUGUGCUCAUCGCCUUCUCCACUUUCUUUAUUAUCACCAGGGUGGCUACCCGUGCCUUCAUUGUCAAAGGUCUGGGCUUGGAUGAUCUCUUCGGAUGCAUUGCCUGGGCCGCUUUGGUUGCCUUCUCCUCGCUGGAGAUCCGAGCGGUCGGCUUCGGCUCGGGGGCGCACAUGGAUUAUGUUCCUGGCUAUUUUAUUCCAAAGUUCUUCGAGGCACUUACGACUCAACAUUUGAUGUACUUCUGGGUUGUUGGCCUAACACGAAUAGCUAUAGUCGCAUUUCUCCUUCGAAUGAGCAGUGAUAGGCUUUACAAACGAAUGGUGUAUGCCGUAGGCGCUGUCAUUGCCGUGAAGACUGUGGCAGCCUUCUUGUACCGCCUGCUCGAGUGCAAGAAUAUUAAGGACCUCUGGCUGCCUCCCGGCAGCGGUGACUGUAGCUCCAAGGAUUCGGAAGCCAUUAUGAUGUGGACCCACGCCAGCGUCGGUAUCGCGGUCGACUUCUGUCUAUUUGCCCUCCCGAUCUGGGUCGUUCACUCCAAGAUGAUCUGGUCCGCUAAGACGAUCCGUGUCAUUCUGAUCUUCUGCGUCGGUCUUUUUGCCGUCAUCACGGGAAUCGUCCGGCUUGCUAUAAUGGUCAAUACCAAUUUUGCCAUCGACACGACGUACAAGAUGUCGACAAUUGCCUUUUGGACCGAUAUCGAAGGCCAUGUCGGCCUAUGGGUUGCGUGCUUCCCUGCCCUUCAACCUCUCGUCCGCAUCAUCUCCUUCCACCUCGGUCUCAGGAGUCAACUCGACAGCAACUACCGCAGCGGCGGCCGCAGCACGGGCAAAAACGGAUCUCGUCCCCUCAACUCCAAGAGUGGCUAUCUCCGCAGUGGCAACGGGGACGACUUCGACGGCCACUCGCACAAGAGCACCGGCGCCAUCGUCUCACAAAGGACGAUUGAGCUCUCAGACAUCGAGACAAGUAAAAACAAUUCUCCUGAGCGCGGCAUCCGUCGUGAUAUCGAGUUCAGCAUCCAUAGCACUGACGGGCGCGGGAAUGAUCCUGAGAGACAACAAACGGCACGAGCUAGGCCAUGGAUGUAG